CUACUAUACAUAUGAGCAAGUCCGGUUACUCACUCGGCGCAGUGUUUUUACUCAGUCCGGACAGGCGGAUUUAGCAGCAAAGAGGCCCCUUGGUGCAUAAAAAAAUGAUUACCUUGCUUGCCUUCGCAUUAAUUUUCGACCAUGCUUACAGCAACGUGGAUCCCAAAAUUCCUGUCUACGUAUCAGAAAAUGGCUCUCGCCUGUCUGUGCAUACACAGGAGACCACAGUGGUCACUCGGCGGGGCAGCAAUGCCACUCUACCCUGCAGGUUACAAGGCAGUCCACAUGACUUCUUUGCCACUGGCGAAGUGAGAAUCAGAUGGUCCAAGCUUUCGUUGGACCACUCGGAUGAGGUGGAUGUGCUGGUGUCCAUGGGCAUCUACAAGAAGUCUUUCGGCAGCUUCCACGACCGCGUGUACCUGAAAGAAGCCGAUGAGAAUGACGCCUCACUGGUCAUCACUAAUGUCACACUCCAUGACACUGGCGUGUACAAAUGUGAGAUCAUCGACGGCAUGGAUGAUGGUGCUGGAAUUAUCACUUUGGAGCUGCAAGGUGUUGUGUUCCCAUAUUCCCCUCGUCUGGGACGCUACAACCUGAAUUUCUAUGAUGCAGAGACAGCUUGCCUGCGACAGGAUGCAAUUAUGGCAUCCACUGCCCAGCUGUACAGUGCUUGGAGAGAAGGCUUUGACUGGUGUAACGCUGGCUGGCUCAGUGAUGGUUCUGUGCAAUACCCCAUUGCUGUUCCCAGGGAACCAUGCGGUGGCAAGAAUGCAGCUGCAGGCAUGAGAAAUUAUGGAUCACAGAAUAAGCAUAGCAACCACUAUGAUGUUUUCUGCUUCACCUCAGACUAUAAAGGGCACUUCUACUUCCUGACUCAGGCAAGCAAGCUAACAUAUGAUGAGGCUGUGAAGGCUUGCAAGAAGGAUGGUUCUGAGAUUGCUAAGGUGGGGCAGAUAUAUGCUGCCUGGAAAAUAGGGGGGUAUGAUCGCUGUGAUGCUGGCUGGCUUGCUGAUGGCAGUGUACGCUACCCCAUCUCAAAGCCACGGAAAUACUGCAGCCCCACUGAGGCUGCUGUGCGUUUUGUUGGCUUUCCUGAGAAAAAGCACAAGUUGUACGGUGUUUACUGCUUCAAGGCCCUCAACUGAGAGCGAAACGGCAGUCAAGAAUUAAUUGAUGUUUUCACUACAAAUACUUUAACUAGCGUGAACUCUAACUGUGAUAAUCCUUUUUUAAUAGAUUUUUUUUAUUCUAUAUUCAGUUUCUGUAAACAUAAAGCAAUUCACUGUUUAUUCUUAUAAAUUUUACAGUGGUGAAGUUUAAUUUGCAGAUUAAUUUACCUAAUAGUUUUAAUGCAAAUGGGCAAGAAUAAGAAAUUCAAAACUGUGUGACACUAUUUGUGACAGUCUUAGCCUGUUUGCGCAUAAAACGGCUAUGAGAACAUGCAAGUUAGUUGAAAUACCAGCUGAGGUGAAUUGGAGUUGCCAAGUUGUCCGUAGGUGUGAAUGUCUGCAUGAAUGAUGUGUUUUGCCUGUGAGGGUUUGGUGAUCCUGUAUACAGUAGCACAAGCAGCGAAUGAAAAUGACUGAAAGAUGGAUGAGUCUGUUUUUAGUACAGAAUAAACAAUUCAUUUAAAACAUUAAAAAGUUGCAAUGGAAUACUGUGCAGGUCAUAACUUGCCUUUUUAUGUAUUAA